AGAACCAUGUUGCGAGCUGUCGUUAUUUUAAGCUUAUGUUCGAUAAGCUGGACGCAGCGCGCGGAGCGCACUCUGGACAUGAUAAUAGCUUUCGUGGAAGGUACGCUGAGGGAUAUCGAGCUAGAAUACAACAGGACGGACCCCAUAGUUCAGAACUCGCACCACACCCCGGCUUAUGAAGUUGGCUACCUCUUGAGGACUAUGGAGGAGUGCUACAGACGAAUGGUGGACAUCUACAAUUCGACCAUAACCACGGACUUGUACAAUUUAGACGCGUUCACUACGGACCACAUCAUGUUUCUUAAGCAUAUCGAGAACUUCUACUGGCUUGUCUAUAAUCUUGAGCACAUGCUGCAUGAGAUCGAGAAGAAAUAUAUGCUUAAACGGGCCGGAAUGUUCGAACAUUACGACGACUUCACGACACGCCCGCAGCCGACCACCAAGCGACACCGCUUCCGGCCCCAGGCCGUGGUGUCCAUGACCACCACCACCAAGAGACCCAAGCAGACCUGGUGGGCAAGGGACUAUGGCUGGGACCAGAUGGACGAGUGGUGAUAAUUCAU